CUCAGACACUUAGCCUAAAACGCUGGACCCUGCCGUGCGGCAUUUCAGUGUGAUAUCGUACAAGUGUUAGCGCUGUUGUUGACUUUUCAUUUCUUCUCGACGAAAAUCUUGUCGUGCAACGAUUAUCGACUGUCUCGACAUUGACAUUCGUAAACUUGACCUGGGACUGAGAAUCUUCUCUCGAGUGAAUAAUAUACAAGUGCAGUGUUAAGACGCGACUGGACUAGACUGGGAAAGUGUCUGUAUCUUCGAGAGAUUUCGCUGCAUAGGACUGACAUUGGCAAAGAGGGUUGGCUCGCAAGAGCCAACAGAGCAUUCUAACGCAGAUAAUAUCUCACUAAAGAAGGAAACACUCAAACACCAUGAAAUCCUUAAUAAAGCUUCAGCAAUAUAGAAAAUGCAUUAUGAUGUUCGUCAUCGGCAUCGUCUGCACUACAUUGGCUUUUAUUGUUCACAUGGUUGAUCCUGUAAAGAGAAUUAUGGAACAUGAAGUAAAAAUGACGCCUAACUCUUAUACAUUCGCGCUAUGGAAGAAGCCGCCAAUCGAUGUAUUAAUCAAUGUCUAUGUUUUUAAUAUCACCAACGCCGAAGUUUUCCUCAGCGGAGCUGAGAAAUUGAAACUCAAAGAAGUUGGACCUUACGUUUACCAAGAAAUAUUGGAAAAUACAAAUGUAACGUGGAACGAGAAUGGGACACUGUCGUAUAUUCCAAGACGAACGGUGAUCUUCAGGCGAGAUUUGUCAGCAGGUGAUCCUAAUCAGGAUUACGUGAGUGUGCCAAAUCUACCCCUUCUGGGUGUCUCGUCAGCCUUAAAAAAUGCUGGAUUCCUAGUCAAUUUUCCAUUCGUCCAAUUGGCAAAUUAUUUAGACAGUCAACCGAUAUUACACAUUACUGCUCAAAACUACUUCUGGGGUUAUGAUGAUUCUCUAGUCAGAUUGGCCAGCACUGUCGUUCCUAGCUAUAUCCAUUUCUCCAAGUUUGGCCUUCUAGACAGGAUGUAUGACGAAGGCGCGAAUGUCUUCAACAUGAUUUCGGAGCCGAAUGGUGAUUUAGUCACUGAGACCGGUCGAUAUUUAAGUGUUGAUUCUAUCAAUGGUAAUCCUGGUAUGGAACAGUGGGGAUAUAUUAGCGAAGCGCAUAAUAAGACGAAUCCAGCAAACAGAAAGUGCAAUAUGCUGCGUGGCGUGUACGAAGGAACAGUGUUUCCAACUCAUAUGGACAAGAGGGCACAGUUUCGUAUUUAUCGCAAAGCAUUUUGUCGCCCGCUGCCAAUUAAUUUCGUGAAAGAGACAACGAAAUUCGGUUUGUCUGGUUACGAGUACACGUUACCGGACAACUUCGCCGACCGACCCGACACGAAUCCCGAUAAUGAAUGCUAUUGCCGGCAUGGCGAGUGCAUGAAGAAGGGUCUGCUCGAUAUGACACCCUGCUAUUUUAAUAUUCCGGCCGCAGCAUCGCUACCUCAUUUUUUGAACGGCGAUCCAUCACUGAGUAAUGGUAUCGAGGGCCUUAAACCCGAUCCGGAAAAGCACAGGACAGAAAUUAUUCUACAACCGGACAUCGGAAUCCCAAUCUACGUGCGUUCGAGGAUGCAAACGAAUCUCGUGAUGGGAGAGACGCGUUACAACGCAAAAAUUAAACACUUCAAUAAUAUGACGGUGCCACUCUUCUGGACCGAUGUCGUAAUCCCCGGCUUACCAGACGAUAUCCUGUUCCUAAUGAAGUUUAGUAUAAACGUUGCUCCGAUAAUCCAACAGAUUAUAGUAAUUCUGCUAGCAAUAAUAGGUCUAGCACUGAUAUGUUGGUCAUUAGUGCGAGUUGUUGUGAUAGUGCAGGAAGAGCAAGAGGAGGCAAUAGUUGCUAGUAAAGAACGGCGGGACAGCAACGAUCCUAGAGUACCACUCGGUUAUGGACAAUAUACCGCCAUUCACAUAUUACCGGCUAUCAAGAAAAUGUCCUCUAAAGUCGAUCUCUUCUCUUCGUGAAUUAUUGUACAUCUUGGCAUCUGCUGCCUACGUGUUGUGUGUGCGUGUGUUUUAGCGAAUGACUGGAACUUUUUUUUCAAUAAGAGCUAUCCCUCCUUUUAAUACAUGAUAAUUACCAUGACAGGAUAUUUUAUAUCCAUAGCUUUUUUAUUUAAAGAUAAAUUAAAAUGGUGUUUCGGUGUAAAUAGAGAAAAUAUUUCGAUAUUUCGUUGAUUUAAUAGUUUAGUUUGUUCUUUUUAUGGGGAACCAUAUAAUGAAAAUAGUUUGAGAAUUGAAGAAAAAGAAUUUAUAUUUUUGUAAUUUAUAAUGUCUUUGUAACUAUGCGUUUAUGAUCUGGUGAGGCUUUCUUGUCCUGUAUAUAAAACAAGAUUUGUGAUAUUGCACAGCGCGAUAGCGGUGUCUUAAAGUUACCUCAAAAAGAAAAAAAGUCAUUGCUCCAAGUUGCAAAAUCUGCCACGCUAAUCCUCUUUUAUUAUGGUAGAUGCACUCGGAAUAGCAGACAUAUAACCGAUUUAGUUAUAUACGUGCCUAUUUUUUUAAUGUGACUUUUAUGAAUACGUCUAUGUCAUGAUCAUGCCAUUAGACACUCCUAUGUGCCGUCUAUUUUUUACCUAUAACGUAAGGAAGUUGUUACCGCAUAUUAUACCGUUGUGCAAUUUCGGCUCCCGCACAAUAUUUUAUCAUCGCAUUCCAAACUCAAGCUCAGUUAAAUUACGUAAUUUUCAAGGGAGUACAUAUUUUUAAGCUGUUUACUCUUAACGAAGUAAGGUAUUAGAGAGCUUUAGAUAUUUUUAGAAUUCAAAUUUAUAUUUUUUCAUCUUGUUGAUGUAAGCUGAAAUAACGCUGCUCAAUUAAUAACUAUACUCAUAAUCGUUAAAUAAGCAUUUUGUUAUACGACGUGAAAUUCUGUAAAUAUUUUUUUAAUUAUACUUUUAAUUCUAGCGAAAUGCAUUAUUUUAUAACUUUUUCAUUGUUUUCAUGGGGUAAGAACGUUUGUUUGGAACAGCAUAUUUCGUUACUAAUAUGAGAAAGUGAUUUUACCCUCGUGAAACCUUUUCAGCUUUGCCUUAUUUUGAUGCAAACGUCCCCGCGAGGCUCAAAUCAUUUUCUCACACUAGUAUCGAAAUAUGAUAAUUUUUUGUUUUAGAUUAAUCUUAAAAGAGGGUAAUAAUAAUAGAAUUAUAAGGAGUAAUAUUAUUGCAAUAUGAUACAUGCAUUAUUUGUAAUAAGUUAUAUCAAAUUUCCAAUAUGCUGUAGUUAAUACAUGCAGUUAGUCCUAUUUUCAAUGAAGGUGUGUUUAUUAUUUUUUGCAUACAUAUUUCAUUAUUAUGUAUUCUAAUUUUAAUUGUCGGAAAAAUA